UGUGUGUUUGUUUGUGUGUGCGCCCGUGCUGCGUGUGUGUGUGUGUCUGUGAGUUUUCUCGUAGAAUUCAAUCAAAUCUUUUAAUUAAUAUACACAGCCAAAUUCCAAUGAUGUUCAAACCAAAAUUAAUGUUAUAGAACACACAGAGUAUGACUUCCACUUAUUGAGCCAAAGAUAUACGAAAAAAACCUAGAAAAGCAGGCGAAAACACACACAAAAAAGUUUCGCAACGAAAGGAAAGUCCAUUCCAGAUCUUUGUGAAUAUUCCAGUGCAUGACGAAUGCAAAAAGAAAACUAGCAACGUCAACUCGUGGGGGCAAAGCGUAACUUGAAAUGAGAUGCAAACUCGACGACGACUCCAUCAAACGGACCAGCAGGAUUACAGCAACACCUAUACCCUUCAAGCAGCGGAGGAUCAACAAGCAUCGAGCGGCGGAGGACCUCACGCGUUAAUACAACCUGGACAGCAAUCACUGCUGCAGCCAGCAGGAGUCACCCUUGACUCGGCCAUUCACAUUGGCGAUCCGCAGUCAUUGGCUUCAAGCGGAACAACAGACUCCGACGACAAGUACGGCAAGGCAGCUCGUCAGUGGAACUUACGAGCCUUCUCUGGCCAGGCACUGCGCACAUUGAGUGCCGCCGCAGCUGUUGUCACCGGCAAUCAUCCAGGCGACAAUAAUAACGACAACAACUACCACUACAGUACUGUCGCAGCCCCACAAACUGAGCGAGAGCCAGAUACUGAGCCAGAGCCAGAGCAGGAGAUAUUCAUCAUGGCAGCAAGAGAUCGAACGGCGGAGUUCGCCAAUGCGAUACGUUCGCUGCAGGCACGCAACAUCACACGGGCCGUCAACAUCCGGGAUCCCCGCAAGGCCAAGCAGAUUCAAAGCUAUUCAGAGUUUAUGAUGGUGGCCAAAUUUAUUGGCAAGAACAUAGCCAGUACCUAUGUCAAGCUGGAGAAGCUAACCCUGUUGGCCAAGAAAAAGAGCCUCUUCGAUGACAGACCGCAGGAGAUACAGGAACUGACCUACAUCAUCAAGGGUGAUCUGAAUGCAUUGAAUCAGCAGAUUGCCCGCCUGCAGGAAAUCUCCAAGGACCAGCGACGCAACACGAGCGGCAAACAUCUGGUAUCACAUUCCUCCAACAUGGUCCUAGCACUCCAAUCAAAGCUGGCCAGCAUGAGCACGGAUUUCAAGCAAAUUCUGGAAGUGCGUACCGAAAAUCUCAAACACCAGAAGACGCGUCGUGAUCAGUUCAGUCAGGGGCCAGGUCCCAGGGCUGCUCACUCGGUAUCCCCAUCGACGGCCAAACAGGGCUCGCUGCUGAUGAGCGAGGAGAACCAAGCGAUCAGCAUAGACAUGGGUGGCAGCAGUGAUACAUCACCGCUCCUAGGACCACCGGCUCGCCUGCAGCAGCAGCAGCAACAGCAAAUGGCCAUCUACGACGAGUCGGACAAUUAUGUUCAACAGCGGGCUGAGACAAUGCAAAACAUUGAAUCGACAAUUGUUGAGCUGGGCGGCAUAUUCCAGCAGCUGGCGCAUAUGGUCAAAGAACAGGAGGAGAUUGUCGAACGCAUCGAUACGAAUGUGGCCGACGCUGAGCUGAAUAUUGAGGCAGCGCAUGGCGAGAUUCUCAAGUACUUUCAGUCUGUCUCAAAGAAUCGCUGGCUGAUGAUUAAGAUAUUCGGUGUUUUGAUAUUCUUCUUUAUAUUCUUUGUUGUUUUUAUGUCAUAAUCCAAUGCCCUUCGCUCAAUGCUGCCCAAUGCCCCUUACCCCUCUGUAUAACACCCAAUUAUGAUUAAACAAGCUUUGGUUUUGAGAAAUAUA